AUGAUUUCACGUCUUACGCAUAUGAUACAGCUUGUAAAAAAUGUUGAAAGAAAUCUGUGCCGCAUUAUGUUUGGAAACCCACCUAAAGAGUUGGCGUUGGCAUACGUUCACGACAAUAAAUUAACAUCACCUAAAAAAAUUUCAAUUGAAGAUAUUAUUGGUGAUGGUAUGUUAUUAGCCGUACCGAAAUUUCGACGAACUAUUGAGAGGCGAUGGAAGAGAAAAUAUGGUUCCCCUGAAUAUGUAUGGAAAAUGCUUGUGCCAAAAAAUAAUAUCAAAGUGUGCCAGACUUGUGGCCACCAUCAUGAAAAAGGACUAUUAUGUGAAAAUUGCUAUUCCAAAGUGAAGCAGGAAACUGAGGAAAUCCAAGCUAAAAUUCAAGAGAAGCUAGGCUUAAAGCCAGUUGAAAAUGAUGUUGUUGUGCUGUAUCAAGGAGAAACACUUCCAGAUCAGCCUAAAGAGUUUUGGAAGGGAAAAAGAAUUAUUGAGAUGAAAAAAGAGCGGCCACAAUUUUUCAGCAAGAAUCUUCUUCAGAAAACGACACAACAGCCAUCUACAGCCACAGAUGUAAAACCUACAGAUUUAGCUUAA